AUGAAGCCAGGCUGGGCGGCAGGAUCUCUAGGGAAUGAAUGGAUUUUCUUCAGCACCGAUGAAAGAAGCAAACGCUACAGGAAAACAAUGUCCAACGGGGGACUGCAAAGGUCUAUCAUCCUGUCAGCAUUUAUUCUGCUAGGAGCUGUUACUGGAUUCUCUGGAGACGGAAGAGCUAUAUGGUCUAAAAAUCCUAAUUUUAGUCCGGUAAAUGAAAGUCAGCUCUUUCUCUAUGACACUUUCCCUAAAAACUUUUUCUGGGGUGUUGGAACUGGAGCAUUUCAAGUGGAAGGGAGUUGGAAGAAGGAUGGAAAAGGACCCUCUAUAUGGGAUAAUUUCAUCCAUACACACCUGCAAAAUGUCAACAGCACGGGUUCCAGUGACAGUUACAUUUUCCUGGAAAAAGACUUAUCGGCCCUGGAUUUUAUAGGAGUUUCUUUUUAUCAAUUUUCUAUUUCUUGGCCAAGACUUUUCCCUGAUGGAAUAGUAGCAGUUGCCAACGCAAAAGGUCUCCAGUUCUAUAAUACGCUUCUGGACGCUCUAGUGCUUAGAAACAUAGAACCUGUAGUUACUUUAUACCACUGGGAUUUGCCUUUGGCGCUACAAGAAAAAUAUGGGGGAUGGAAAAAUGAAACUAUGAUUGAUCUCUUCAAUGACUAUGCCACAUACUGUUUCCAGACGUUUGGGGACCGUGUCAAAUAUUGGAUUACAAUUCACAACCCAUAUCUAGUUGCUUGGCAUGGGUAUGGGACAGGUAUGCAUGCUCCUGGAGAGAAGGGAAAUUUAGCAGCUGUCUAUGCUGUGGGACACAACCUGAUCAAGGCUCAUUCGAAAGUGUGGCAUAACUACAAUGUAAAUUUCCGCCCACAUCAGAAGGGUUGGUUAUCAAUCACAUUGGGAUCCCAUUGGAUUGAGCCGAACAGAUCGGAAAACACGAUGGAUAUACUCAAGUGUCAACAAUCCGUGGUUUCUGUGCUCGGAUGGUUUGCCCACCCCAUCCACGGGGAGGGUGACUAUCCAGAGGUAAUGAAAGAGAAGUUGCUCUCCACUCUCCCCCUUUUCUCUGAGGCAGAGAAGAAUGAAGUGAGAGGCACAGCAGAUUUCUUUGCCUUUUCCUUUGGCCCCAACAAUUUCAAGCCCCUGAACACCAUGGCUAAAAUGGGGCAAAAUGUGUCCCUCAAUUUAAGAGAAGUGCUGAACUGGAUUAAACUGGAAUAUGGCAACCCUCGAAUCUUGAUUGCUGAGAAUGGCUGGUUCACAGACAGUCGAGUGAAAACAGAAGAUACCACAGCCAUCUACAUGAUGAAGAAUUUCCUCAACCAGGUUCUUCAAGCAAUAAGGUUUGAUGAAAUACAAGUGUUUGGUUACACUGCCUGGUCUCUCCUGGAUGGCUUUGAAUGGCAGGAUGCCUAUACCACCCGCCGCGGAUUAUUUUAUGUGGAUUUUAACAGUAAACAGAAAGAAAGAAAACCCAAGUCUUCAGCACAUUACUACAAACAGAUCAUACAAGAAAAUGGUUUUGCUUUUUUAAAAGAGUCCACACCAGAUGUGCAGGGUCAGUUUCCCUGUGACUUCUCCUGGGGUAUCACCGAAUCUGUUCUUAAGCCGGAGUCUGUGGCUUCCUCCCCACAGUUCAGUGAUCCUCACCUGUAUGUGUGGAAUGCCACAGGCAACAGACUGCUGCACCGAGUGGAAGGGGUGAGGCUGAAAACACGGCCAGCUCAAUGCACAGAUUUUGUCAGCAUCAAAAAACAACUUGCGAUGUUGGCAAAAAUGAAAGUCACCCACUACCGGUUUGCUCUGGACUGGGCCUCAGUCCUUCCCACUGGCAAUCUGUCCUCAGUUAACCGACAAGCCCUGAGGUACUACAGGUGUGUGGCCAGCGAGGGGCUGAAGCUCAGCAUCUCCCCCAUGGUCACCUUGUACCACCCGACCCACGCCCACCUAGGCCUCCCCGCGCCUCUGCUGCACCGCGGGGGGUGGCUGAAUCCAUCGACAGCAAAGGCCUUUCUGGACUACGCAGGGCUGUGCUUCCAGGAGCUGGGGGACUUGGUGAAGCUCUGGAUCACCAUCAAUGAGCCCAACCGGCUGAGUGACAUCUACAACCGCACUAGUAACGACACCUACUUGGCAGCCCACAACCUGCUGAUCGCCCACGCCCUGGUGUGGCACCUCUACGACCGGCAGUACAGGCCGGCCCAGCGCGGAGCCCUGUCGCUGUCUCUACACUCGGACUGGGCGGAGCCCGCCAACCCCUACGCCGACUCGCACUGGACGGCGGCUGAGCGCUUCCUCCAGUUCGAGAUCGCCUGGUUCGCAGAACCCCUCUUCAAGACGGGGGACUACCCGCCGGCCAUGAGAGAGUACAUCGCCUCCAAGAACAGGCGAGGGCUCUCCAGCUCCGCGCUGCCCCGCUUCACCGAGGACGAGAGGAGGCUGGUCAAGGGCGCGGCCGACUUCUACGCCCUGAACCACUUCACCACCAGGUUCGUGAUGCACGAGCAGCAGAGCGGCAGCCGCUACGACGCGGACAGGGAUGUGCAGUUCCUGCAGGACAUCACCCGGCUGAGCUCCCCCACGCGCCUGACCGUGGUGCCCUGGGGAGAGCGCAAGCUGCUGCGGUGGAUCCGGAAGAACUACGGAGACUUGGACAUCUACAUCACGGCCAACGGCAUCGAUGACCAGUCUCUGGAAAAUGACCAGCUCCGAAAAUACUACUUGGAGAAGUACAUUCAGGAGGCUCUGAAAGCAUACCUGAUUGACAAAGUCAAAAUCAAAGGCUAUUAUGCAUUCAAACUGACCGAAGAAAAAUCUAAACCCAGAUUUGGAUUCUUCACAUCUCAUUUCAAGGCUAAAUCCUCAAUACAGUCUUACAACAAACUGAUCAGCAGCAAUGGAUUCCCUCCCGAGAACAGUAUUCCUAGAUGCAGUCAAACUCAAAGAAACACAGAAUGCACUGUCUGCUUAUUUCUUAUGCAGAAAAAACCAUUGAUAUUCUUUGGUUGUUGCUUCUUUUCCACUCUGGUUCUACUUUUAUCAAUCACCAUUUUUCAUAGGCGAAAGAGAAGAAAAUACUGGAAAGCAAAGAACUUACAACACAUACCAUUAAAGAAAGGCCACGGGAGAGUUCUUAGCUAA